AGUUAUUACUUGUAUGCAAAAGAUCGCUUGGAGAUUUCAGGUAUUCUGUAUGAAAUGAACGUGUCAUGAUCAAAAUUCAGGUGAGGGUGCGGGAAGCCUACAAAACACUUGAUGAUACUGGCUGCUCCGCCGGUGAGGUUCCCCGAUAGCUGGCGGACUCUCAUGAGCGACGGAUACUCCACAUCUCAACACUUUCGUAGACUAGAGGGGACGCGGAAUCGGUAUGCGCCCAAGCAUUAUCGGAUCUGUCCGUAGGAUCUCUUAUUUUAAGAUCUCCCAACAUAUAAACCCGCCAAGAUUCAGCCUCUCCUCGAAAUCUCAAGACAUUUCUUCCCAGCGGCAGAACCUCCCAAUAACUCUUCUCAAGUGAUCAAAGUCAUCAAGCUCUAAAUCAAGACCUUUUCGAGUUCAAAAUCAGAUAUGUUUGGAAAGAACCUUCUCACUUUAUUUCUAAUCUUCGGGAUCCUGGAAGUUUUUCCAACAUUGGCGUUGCCUAAUGAAGGAGUUACUCGGCCCCUUCUAAUCAAGGAAGAGAGUUCCACCGCUAAAGCAGCCGGUCAGAAAGCUCAAUCGGCGGGAGAAGCUGACUCGAAUAAAGCUCAGAGGGCGGCUAAAUCGGGUGAAAAAGAAAGCAAAGAUAAAUCAACUGGAGGGUCAGACCAAGGAAAGACUAGUUACUUUGGCCAAGGCCAUGUGCAUAUGAUGUGAUCACAACACUUUGAGUUGAUUUUCAUCAUAUGAAUCAUAAUGAUUUAAAUUGUUAUAGUUCUGUUCUCCUGUGCACCCAUCCCUCAAUACACUCUACUCUCUCAUGAAGCUUGAGACUGCAGUUCAACUGGAUUGUUUUCUCCAGGAAGAUUUUCUUCACAAUCUUACAUCACAAUUGCAGACUUGGUUCCCUGUCUCAGUAGCUGCUAUCUUUGACUCAAUCUCCAAAUCCGGCUUUUACAUUUUCCAUCACCUUUUCUUGGUCAUGCUGCUAGAUAUUCAUGUGGUCUGGCAUUUUAUGACAACAAAAUCUUGCCAUACCUCAAGUGUCUUUGAUACUGAUUAGUAGUUCUACCUGUGAAACCUCAUUGUAGAACUUGGUGAUGAUUUUUGUUCAAUAUAAGUUUUGCCAACUUUUUCUUUUCCCAAUUUUUACCAAGAUUGUACGUACUCUAUUCAAAAUAAAGUAUGAUGAAUCACUGGUUCUCCAUUUUUCCCUUUCUUGAUCCAGUACAGCAGAGAGAUCUACCAUUAUUCAAAAGUGAAUAAACACAUAUUCUCAUACAUAAGGAUCAUUUUGCAACAUUUUGUCCAAAUUUUAUGAAGAUAAUCUGGUGAUCUUCUUCACUGUUCUGAUCUACACAGUGAGGUUUUUCUAUGUGCCUGUCUCUGUGGGGUUUUUUAAGUCUUAGGACUGUGAUAGAGUACCACCAUUUCAUCUUCAGCCUGGACCAUUACAUUGGGC